AUGAUAAAGAAGACGCAUAUGCAGUUGCCGAAUUUUCUAAAGAGUUUGCAGAGUAUGAUAUUUUUAAAACUGGUAACAAUAGAAGUCAGUAUUAUUUUUUCAAGGAUCCAGAACUGAAUUUUGAUCCAAUCUCAGCAACUAAGGGAGAGGACUAUAUUUUGAAACAAUCGAUUUGUAAAAACAGAAGAAAUCAUUUACCUUUCUCAUUCUUUUUCUAUAGCGACUUGGGUUCAUGCAAAAUAUUAG